AGCAAUGGCUGCGAAGGAGGCAGGUCUUACCAGCGGAGAGAGACUGGGACCCAAUAACCAUAGGCCACAUUUGAAAUGCUUUCAGAAUUGAGAGCGUGGGCCCCACGUAAUUGAGGGCAUGAUAGAAUAGACUUUUCUCGGCGCACCGUCGUACCAAAGCAAGAUGCUGCUAUAUAUUGUCUGCCUUCCUCUUACUUUCUCCUUUCUGUUCUCUCUCUAAAGCCUCUGCUCAGUAAAUCAGCCUCUGGGUAUUCUUGAAUCUGCUGGAGGCCACUUUGAUCGGAGUUGCUGUAAUGGUUAUUUUCUUUGACCGAAGGGAGGAACUGUGCAAGAGAAGGGCACGUAUUGCUAUACUACUCUUCAGCAAGAGAGUAGUUUAGCAAUGGUCUUGUUCGAGGUAUCAACCACUACUCCACAGAAAAACCUAGUUGGAUUUUAGUACCUCGAAAAGGAGAUUUAACUAUGGAUCCUGAUAAUGGGCUUGACUCAGAUCCUUGGACAAAAUCUUCUUUGUCUUGCAAUGACUUUUUGGAAAAUGUUCCACCAGAUGACCAGUCAUUUAACGUUUUUACUUUGCAACAGCAGAAGUGGGAAAGUUCUUUUCUGAAUCAGCUUAACCAACCGUCUCAGAAUCAAUCUUCGGUUUCUACUAUCAACAAUAUCCAAAUCAGAGUUCCAGAUCAACAAGAUACCCAAGCUUGUGAUUCAAAUAAGAUUCAAGAAUGGGAUCCGAAAACUAUGCUAAACAAUCUCUCUUUUCUCGAGAAGAAGAUCCACGAACUCCAGGAUAUGGUGCAUGUAAUCGUUGGACGCAGGGGGCAAGUUGGGUUUCAAGCGAACGAGCUUUUGGUUCAGCAGCAGCAGCUUAUUACAGCUGACCUAACUUCGAUCAUCGUUCAACUAAUAUCAACUGCCGGGAGCCUUCUGCCGACUGUGAAGCACACUCUUUCCUAUUCGGGCCAAGGGGGGCAACUUGUACAGCCUGGCGGAGUUGCAACGCCUCCUGGAGCAGGGUUCAACAGCGGUGGGGUGACACAAAGUGUUAAUAAUGUAAGUAAGGUGGAAGAUCAGUCCAUCCAUAUUGAUCCGGUUGGGGAUUCGGGUGUUGAAGAGCACGAGUUGAAAGACGAGGAUGAGGCUGAGGAAGAAGAGAAUCUGCCUCCGGGUUCCUACGAGAUUCUGCAACUGGAGAAGGAGGAAAUCCUUGCGCCUCAUACUCACUUUUGCACAAUCUGUGGGAAGGGGUUUAAGAGGGAUGCCAAUUUACGGAUGCAUAUGAGAGGCCACGGGGACGAGUACAAAACUCCAGCCGCUCUCGCAAAGCCCCACAAAGAAGUCAGCUCCGUGCCAGCGCUUAUAAAAAGAUAUUCUUGCCCUUACGUCGGGUGCAAGCGCAACCGGGAGCACAAGAAGUUUCAGCCCCUGAAGACCAUCUUGUGCGUCAAGAACCAUUACAAGAGAACCCAUUGCGAGAAAAGCUACACUUGCAGCAGAUGCAACGUAAAGAAAUUCUCCGUCAUUGCUGACCUAAAAACACAUGAGAAACAUUGCGGCAAAGAUAAAUGGCUUUGCUCCUGUGGCACGACUUUCUCUAGGAAAGACAAGCUGUUCGGGCACAUUGCACUUUUCCAAGGCCACACUCCCGCUAUUCCUCUCGAUGACCAUAAAGGAUCCUCGUCUGGGCUGUCUGAUCCCAAGUUAAAUAACGCUUGUAGUGGAAGUCCACAGAACGCUAUUGAUGUGAAAGAUCCUGGCAGUUACUUUUCACCGAUGAACUAUGAUACGGGUGAUCUUGGAGGAUUUCAAGACUUCCCCAGAGUCCCAUUUGAAGACUCGAAUAGUUCGUUCUCUUUUCUACUAUCAGGUUCAUGUGAUUACCCUCAGAAGGCAGGGAAAUAUGGCAGUUCCAGUGAAUAGGGAUAAUAAUUAGUAGUAAGUAUUAUUUGCUGUUUCUUGAUGGCCUUACUAUUGUAGUAGUAGUAUUAUUAUUGCAGACUUCUAUGUUAAGAAUUCAUUUAUAUAAACUAAAAAAGUAGUAUUAUUCUAUUA